AUGCCAGCACGAACCGCCACCCGUUCAUCAAGAACCUCGGUCGCGAGGUCCUCGGUGGCUUCUCGCGCCUCAUCGGUGCCCGAAGCAGUAGACACCCCCGAUAAUGCGUUACGAACCAAAGUCUGUGCUAUCUUCCGUGAUGCUCAAAGAACUACAGCAACACACCGAAAGCUUGUCGUGAACCUACGAAAGAUCCAUGAGUCGUGCGCUUACGAACAUACAAACCCCGACCCAUCCCAGGUUGAUGAAUUUGACGAAGAUGCAUUCAACCGCGAAUUCAUACGCUGCGUUGGCAAGAUAAUGCCCAUCAAGAAAUCAGAGAGUGUUGGAGAGAAGUCGAUUAGGUUUACUGGUUUAUUCUUGCAGCAUGCGAGUGCGAAGGAUAAUGAGCUACUGGGAGAUAUCGAUGAAGAUGCUAGUGUCAUGCCAGAGACUCCCAGCACUCGUUUGAUCGCGCAACUUCUCGAGGCAAUUCUCCCCCUCCUGACCGCCAAAGACAAGGUGGUGCGAUUCAGAUCAACCCAGCUCAUCUCACACAUUAUAAAUUCACUCGAUGCGAUAGAUGAUGAUCUCUUUCAAAAACUUCGUCAUGGACUACUUAAGAGGAUCCGCGACAAGGAGGCCAUGGUCCGCUCUCAAGCGGUGUUGGGUCUUGGCCGCCUUGCAGGAAACCAGACCGAGGGCUGCACCAACUCGGAUGAUAGCGACGAUGAUGAUACUGGACUACUCGAAAAGCUUCUAGAAGUUCUCCAACACGACCCGAAUGCCGAUGUGCGAAGAUCGCUUCUGGUCAACCUCCCCAUUCUGCCAGAAACGCUGUCAGUUCUGCUCGAACGUGCACGAGAUCAGGAUGCAGCGACUCGAAGGGCUGUUUAUUCACGACUACUCCCUGCUCUGGGUGAUUUCCGUCACUUAUCCGUUAAGAUGCGAGAGAAGCUUCUACGAUGGGGUAUCCGCGACAGAGAUGAGAAUGUCCGAAAAGCCGCAAGCCGGCUGUUCCGUGAGCGGUGGAUUGAGGAUUGCGCAGGCGCACCGCCCCAAGAAGACGGAACGGCUGCGGAGCCGGCACCUCCCAACUUUGACGGCCUUUGCGAAUUGUUGGAGCGAAUUGACGUGGUCAACACUGGCGUCGAAAAUGGUGUUGCUUUGGAAGCGAUGAAAGGUUUCUGGGAGGGACGCCCAGAUUACCGCGAAACAGUUGAGUUCGACGAUAAUUUUUGGGAAACCCUGUCUGCCGAGUCCGUCUUCAUGGCAAGGAGCUUCAACGAAUUUUGUCGCCUCGAGGGCAAUGGCAAGUACUUGAAUCUACUCGAGGAAAAGCUACCCGAAGUCACCAAGCUCGCUUUCUUUUUGGAACGCUAUCUUCACGUCCUGGUUGCUGCUGUUAAGAGAGUAGCAGAAGCAGACGAGGAUGAUGAGGAAGAAGAUACAGUGGAGCAAGAGUUCAUCGUUGAGCAAAUGCUCCAAAUCGCUCUGACUCUUGAUUACUCUGACGAGGUUGGGCGACGCAAGAUGUUCACCUUGCUCCGACAGGCUAUCUCAAUUCCUGAUCUGCCAGACGAAGUUACAAAGCUCGCUGUCGAGGUGCUUCAGGGCAUCUGUUCUCCAGAUGCUGCUGGAGAGAGGGAGUUUAUCAGCAUUGUUCUCGAAUCUGUAGCUGACGUUCACGACACCAUUGUGGAUGACCCUCCGCCAGAUGAUGCCGAAGAUAGCUUCCAUUCUGCACGAUCAGAGGUCAGUGGCCCAAGUACGCCGACUAAGAGCAAGCGAGGAGGUAGCCCUGAGAUCAGUGAAGAAGAAGCGCAAGAAAAGGCUGUGAGAGAGAUUGUCGUUAACAUGAAAUGCCUGCACAUCGUGCAGUGUAUGCUUACUCAUGUCUCGAGCAAUCUUCAAGACAACACUGACUUGGUCGCAAUGCUUAACAAUCUUGUCGUACCAGCGGUCCGUAGUCAUGAGGCACCCGUGCGUGAGCGAGGUCUGGUCUGUCUUGGUCUAUGUGCUCUUCUGGAUCGCUCACUUGCCGAUGAGAACCUGAGCUUGUUUAUGCACUUUUUCAGCAAGGGUCAUACAGCGCUUCAGAUCACGGCUCUACAUAUUCUAACAGAUAUUCUCAAUGUUCAUGGUGCUCAGCUCCUGUCUUCUACGCCUGGACUACUCAAGGUUUACGUCAAGGCAGUCAAGGGCGGCAACAAAGCACCUGAAGUCCAAGCGGCCGCCACCGUGGCUGCUUCGAAACUCUUGCUUGGGCGCAUUGUCAGCGAAGAAGAGGCAUGCCAAGACUUGCUCAAGUCACUCGUGGUCGCCUACUUUGACCCUGCGUCUUCGCACAACCAGACCGUUCGUCAAGCACUCAACUACUUCUUGCCUGUCUUUUGUUUCUCUCGAGCAGAAAACCAGGAGCUUAUGCGAUCCAUUGCCCUUGACGCAAUUCACGCUCUCUUCAACGUCCGCGAAAGCCUAGAGGACGAUGACGUAGAUGUCGAUGAGGACAUGGUCAGCAUGACUACGAUAGGAGCUUGCUUAGUAGACUGGACAGAUCCGCGAAAGGUCUUUAGUCCUACAGAUCUGCUAGAAACUGAAAAGAAGGCGGUGAAUGGCGAUGUCCAUCUUGACCUUGCUAUGGAUAUCCUGGAGAAGUUGCAGGGCAACAUCACAAGAGAGGAAAAGAAGAUUCUUGCUUCGCUUCUUGGAAAGCUUUAUGUUUCACCUGGGUCAAGCAAGGAGAAGCUUCGUGAGGCUUAUCAAGAGGUCAGCAUUGCCGUUGAAGAGGGUUUGCUGUCUGAUGCUACCAGCCGCAACCAACUUUACAAGAUUCACGUCGGUCUAGGCAAGAUAGUCAACGCUCUUGAUGAACAACAACAGCCGAACUACCGACGUGCCAGCAGAAGUACAUCGAUACUCACAGACCGACAGACCACUGAAGGUGAUACCUCCAUCACAGAUGAGCCAAGUAUCAAGGAGGAAGACGAAGACAGCGAUGGUACGGUGGUUCCCAAGGAAGAUAGAGAAUCGCUCGUCGACAGUCUCUUGUCGGACGGUGAUGAUGUGGAGAUGACGGAUGUUUGA